AUGGCAGAAGAAUUUACUGAAGAAAUAGUUACAGUAAACAAAAGGUUAUUAGAACCAAUUCCUUUUGUAAGGACAAAUAAUUGUAUAAAAGAUGUAGAUGCAGAAUUAUUUAUUAAAUCUUAUGCAAAUUAUUUAAAAUUACAUAAUAAAAUAACAUUUCCUAAAUGGUGUAAUUUUGUUAAAACUGGUAAAGGAAGAAAAUUAGCCCCUUUAAAUGAAGAUUGGUAUUUUAUUAAAGCUUCAAGUAUAUUAAGAAGAUUAUAUUUACAUCCAGAUAUAGGAAUUGGACAUUUGAGAAGGCAAUUCAGUUAUAAGCAAAGGAGAGGAGUUGCACCUAAUCAUACAAGUUUAGCAAGUGGAAAAAUUUUAAGAUCCAUUUUACAACAAUUUGAGAAUAUAGGUUAUGUAGAACAAAACCCAAAGAAAAAAGGAAGAAGAUUAACAACAAAAGGAGAAAAUGCCAUAAAUAACUUUGCUAGAUAUAUCAACAAAAAAGUAUAUAAAUUAGAUAAAGAAUAA